AUGGUGAGAACUGGAAUCUUAACUGGCAGGCCCAAAAGAAUCCAUGUGACCAUUAUGGAACACGUGGACUUUUUUGGGGUUUGCAGAACUUCUGAAUCUCCAAUCUGCAAGUGUUUGAAAGGGUCUGUACCUAAGUCACAUGAGGAAUGGAGCAAAGGAAACAGGACAGCAGGGUGUGUGAGGAAAACAAAAUUGUUUUGUGAGAGUAGUACACAAGUAAGUCAGUCACUUCGAGCGGAAAACGAGCUGGGUUUUCGAAGAUGGGUGUUUGGUCUGGUCCAAAGACCUUAUAUACAGGAGUUUUCCUCUGGCGGAGUAGAUCAUUUUAUUCUCCUAGACAGUACAGAAAGAGAUGAAGGAAAUCGAACCAAGUUAAUUGUCAGCCUGAUUACAGCUAUUGGAAAAGUCAAAGUAACAACGAAGUUCUUUAAAUUGACUGAUACUAUUGAGAUUUCAAGAGACAGUCUUCAGGGAUAUAUUAGAAACGUAGCCUCCAAUGAUCAUGUAUGGUAG